CAAAAUCUGGCAAAAUGGCUCUGAAUCAGCAGCAACCCCCAUUUAUCAACCCAGUUGUCCCAUUCAGUUGUAUGAUCAGAGGAGGACUACAAGAUGGGAUGAGCAUCACUGUAUGUGGACGGGUUUUGCUGAAUGCAGACAGAUUUAACGUGAACCUCCAACACGGGGCUGAGGUUGUUGCUCUGCAAGUUAACCCUCGCUAUCAGAUGCUCUGGGUUGGCCCUGGGUACGUUGUGCACAACACCCACCAGAAUGGGACGUGGGGCUGGGAGGAACACAAGUUUGAAACUCCCUUCCCAAGAGGCCAGACCUUUUCUUUGCAGAUCCUCAUCACCCAGGAGUCUUACAAGAUACUCGCCAAUGGGAAACCCUUUUCGGAGUACAAGCACCGUAUGCCGUUCUUAGAUGUGGAUCGCAUCUGCGUGGUUGGAAUGGUGGAACUGAGUUUAGUUACCUUCCACUCUCUUGCGCCCCGUCAUGCAGCACUUCCAGGAUCUUUGACAGUCCCGUACAAAAGCAUCAUCUAUGAAGGAGUACAGCCUGCAAAAUGCAUCAUCAUCCAAGGAGUCAUCACCCCACAAGCAAAACGAGUAGAGUUUAGUCUACGGCACAAAACUGGAAUUGCAUUUUACUACAGUCUUUGUUUUGAUGAGGAUGUGGUUGUGUGCAACAGCUAUGAGGAUGGGACAUGGGGAAAUGAGGAGCAAUCUGGACUCAAGCUGUUUGAGAGAGGGCAGCCUUUUCAGCCCCGUCAUGCAGCACUUCCAGGAUCUUUGACAGUCCCGUACAAAAGCAUCAUCUAUGAAGGAGUACAGCCUGCAAAAUGCAUCAUCAUCCAAGGAGUCAUCACCCCACAAGCAAAACGAGUAGAGUUUAGUCUACGGCACAAAACUGGAAUUGCAUUUUACUACAGUCUUUGUUUUGAUGAGGAUGUGGUUGUGUGCAACAGCUAUGAGGAUGGGACAUGGGGAAAUGAGGAGCAAUCUGGACUCAAGCUGUUUGAGAGAGGGCAGCCUUUUCAGGUCACCAUUUGUUGCAGUCCUGAUAAUUACAAGAUGUUUGUCAAUGGUGAAAACGUUUGCACUUACAGCCACCGCUACACUAAACUGGAGGAGAUUGAUGUUUUGGAAGUUAGUGGAGACGUGCAGCUGAGCUUUGUGCAGCCCUGACAAAGAAUCCAUGCAGGUCUAUGAGGAAUAGGUUCAAAACCUGCAUAAAUGAAAGAAAAACAUGCAAUAAUCUGUGUAUUCAUAUGCAAAGAUAUUUUGCUUGCAUGCAUAUUAAUCUGAUACCCAUGUGAUUGAUUGUCCACAGCAGCAGCACUGUAAAAAUAAGUGUUCAUGCUGCCUUAAAAUGUUAUGUCUAGUCUACUUGUAACGUGUCAUUGUAUUAAGUGAAAC